AUGUCCUUCUUCCUCCCCUUCCGCUCCAAGCCCACCAUUGCCCCCCUCAACGCAGCCCCCCAACCCUCCCCAACUCCCACCCCCGACCCAGACAAAGAAUACGAACACAUCCUCUCCCAGCUCUCCGCCCCAGACUGGUCCGACUCCCCUCACGCCCUCGCCUGGUUCCACGACCUCCGCACCUCCGUCACCGACAUCCUAACCCGCCUCCUCGAAAUCUGCCAGGCAGCAAUCACCCAGUUCGAGGCCAACGAAUCCUCCUAUAGCCUGCACUACAACCGCCGGUACAAUCGGCUGACCACCUCCGUGGCCUUCCUGCGGGGCUGGAUGGAUAAGGAGUUUUUGCCUGAGAUGCGCAUGACGAAGUGGUUCCUGCGGGCUGUCGAUGAUGUGCUUAUGGUUAGGGCCACGGAGGUGCAGUAUGAUAUUGAAUAUUGGAUGGGGGGUUUGAGGCAGCGGGCUGAGGGGGUUGUGGGGGAGGGACAUGCGCUUGCUGGGUUGGUGCAGGAUGCUGUUAUUAAGUUGGGGGAGAUGAGGGAGGGGGUUAAUACGGCGCCGGGGGCGAAAGUUGGGGAGAAGUUGAGGGGUGAGGAGAUGUUUUUGGAUUUGCCGGUGACGGAGGAAGAUGCUGAGGCGAAGGAUCGGGGUCAGGAGGAAGACGAGGAUGAGUAUGACGAGGAUAUUGAGAUCAAGGAUGAGGAAAUGGACUCCGAGGAUGAGACGGAAACUGUUACUGAGGGUGAAACUUUGACUGAGGCUGGGGAUGAAGUUAUUUGUGGCGCUCUUCCUGUUCAGGGUGUUGUAGCCUGA